UCCGCGCAUGGCGCUGCUGCCCCGGGCACUGAGCGUGGGCGCGGCCCCGAGCCUGCGGCGGGCGGUGCGCGCGCUCACUUGCGCCAUGGCGAGUCCUGGCGAGCUGCAGACCCCGGCCCCGGCCGCCGCUUCCUUCGACUACCUGGUGAUCGGCGGCGGCUCGGGAGGGCUGGCCAGCGCACGGCGGGCGGCGGAGCUCGGCGCCAGGGCCGCGGUGGUGGAGGGUCACAAGCUGGGUGGCACUUGCGUGAAUGUCGGAUGUGUCCCCAAAAAGGUAAUGUGGAACACAGCUGUCCACUCUGAAUUCAUUCACGAUCAUGUGGAUUAUGGCUUCCAAAGCUGUGAGAGUAAAUUCAAUUGGCAUGUCAUCAAGGAGAAGCGUGAUGCCUACGUGAGCCGCCUGAACACCAUCUACCAAAACAAUUUAACCAAGUCCCACAUAGAAAUCAUCCACGGCUAUGCAACAUUUGCAGACGGUCCUCAGCCCACGGUCGAGGUCAACGGGAAGAGGUAUACUGCCCCUCACAUCCUGAUUGCCACAGGUGGUGUGCCCACAGUUCCUCAGGAGAGCCAGAUCCCAGGUGCCAACUUGGGAAUGACCAGUGAUGGGUUUUUUCAGCUGGAGGACCUGCCUAGGCGCAGUGUCAUUGUGGGUGCGGGCUACAUUGCCGUGGAAAUAGCUGGCAUCCUCUCCGCCCUGGGCUCCAGGACGUCGCUUAUGAUAAGACACGAUAAGGUCCUUAGGAACUUUGACUCGCUCAUCAGUUCCAACUGCACCGAGGAGCUGGAGAACGCAGGUGUGGAGGUGUUGAAGUUCUCACAGGGGGUUCAGACCGACGACAAAGGCCAUAUCAUCGUAGAUGAAUUCCAGAAUACCAGUGUCAAAGGCAUCUAUGCUGUGGGAGAUGUCUGUGGGAGAGCUCUUCUCACCCCAGUUGCGAUAGCUGCUGGCCGGAAACUGGCCCAUAGGCUUUUCGAAUGCAAGAAAGAUUCCAAACUGGACUAUGACAACAUCCCCACCGUGGUCUUCAGCCACCCCCCUAUCGGGACGGUGGGGCUCACCGAAGGUAGGAAUCGUGAAGUGAUGGUAAUUUGUGCUUCCUCGUCUAAACUUUUGUUAGCCAAAAUAACUGUGUGCAAGUUACACCAACCCUUUUCUUUCUGGGGAUCUGCCAGAUGGGUUCUGGUGUGCAGGAUUUUCUCUGUGUGUCCCCCCAGUAAAUGCCCCACUUCUCCCACACCCUCACCACUGUCCUUUUCACUGUCUCCAAGGUUGCAGCAGCUCAGGCGUUUCCAGCCAACUCUUCUGCCCCUGGGCUAUCAGAUUUCUCUCACGAAUACAGAACUAAUAAAAAACCUGACGUUCGUAACUUCUGUGUUCUUGCAGGUGGUUGGGAUCCACAUGCAGGGGAUUGGCUGUGAUGAAAUGCUUCAGGGCUUCGCCGUGGCAGUGAAAAUGGGGGCCACCAAGGCCGACUUUGACAACACGGUCGCCAUUCAUCCUACCUCUUCAGAAGAGCUGGUCACACUCCGCUGAGGGCCAGGGACUUGUAUGGUUGCAGUCAGACCAGUAGACCUCUGAGAAGAACGGACGGAUCAAGUUUACUUCCUGCUCCAGCGUUCUACGCUUAUUUUGAUCAGGAUCUUCUGAUAGUGUAAAUUUUUAGUUUAAAAAAAAAAACCUUAUUUAUCUCAUUGGAAAUUUGUUUUGUUAAUCUGGGGUUGGUUUUCAUUUGAUAAUAUUUCACAGUAAUUAAUAUUUUUAAUUUUUUAUCCCUGCGCUAGUUCUGUUUUUCUUGCUUCAACCUCAUUCCAGGUAUAAACAAAUAUGAAGUACAGUGAAGUUAAUGCACCCGACGAAUGAAUAUAGCUGGCUAUUUUUUUUUAUUUGAGACAAUGUCUCUAUGCAGCCCAGGGUGGCUUCAGACUUAAGAUCCUCUAGCUAUGACCUCAUGAGUGUUGGAAUUAUAGGCAUGCCUGGCCCUUCCUGGCCUAGCUUGUUAGUUUAUAUGAUGGUAAGUCUCCAUCUAUAAAUAUGCAAGUAUACAGAAUAUAUGUGUGUUUUUGAAUCUGCCGUUUUUGUUCCGUGUAUUGCAGAGCUGCCCUGAGGAUGUGACCUCUCGCUAAUCUCAUUUUAUUCUUUGCUCUGUUUUAAAUGAUUUAGAAUGGUACAUUGUUUUUAUGACAUGAGGUGCAUCAGAGUCCGGAGGCUGUUGAAUCUGUGAGAAAGCCGCGAGCUGACUGUGCGCGCAGGAGGGGUAGGCUGAGCCACUUCAGGAGUCCUUCCUUCUGAGCACUCACGGUUCAGUCGAUCAUUUCAAUGUUUCUGUGGUUUUCGUCAUUUUAUUUUUUUAUGAGAACUGUUCCAAAAAUUUGAAAGUCACUGCAUUGCCUUAUAAAAUUUAUUAUGAACUUA